GAUCGCUAGUCGUAUCUAUGCGCACAGACUCUAUGCGCUACUGUUUAGUGUUGUAAACAAUAGACCGGUUUUGUAUUGUCAUCAGAAUUUUAGGGCUUUUCCAAUCACACAGUGUUCAGAAUCCAAAAAAAUGUCCCUCUUACCGUUGGAAUCCAACCCAGAGGUUAUGAACAAGUUCAUUCAUCUGCUGGGCGUUCCUGAUAAAUGGAACAUCGUCGACGUAUAUGGACUGGAUCCAGAUGCACUGGCCUUUGUUCCUAGGCCAGUUUUAGCACUCAUUCUCCUAUUUCCUUGCAGUGACAAAUUUUAUGAAUAUGCGAAGCAGGAAGCCGACCAGAUUAAGGAAAAGGGCCAAACUGUGGUCGAAGACAUUUUUUAUAUGAAACAGUAUGUUAGCAAUGCUUGCGGAAGCAUAGCAUUGAUUCAUAGCGUGGCCAAUAAUGCUGAGAGGUUGGAACUAGAGAAUGGAAUGUUCAGCAAGAUACUGGACGACUCGAAAAACUUAACGCCUGAGCAAAGAGGGGAAAUGUUGAUGAACAUGAACAGCAACUCGGAUGCUUACAAGCUAAUCACUGCACAUCAAGAACUAGCUAUGGAGGGCCAGACUGAAGUAAACCCCAAUGAAAAAGUGAACCACCACUUUGUAGCUUUGGUACAAAAAGGUGGUUAUUUGUACGAAUUAGAUGGCAGAAAAGAUUUUCCAAUCAACCAUGGAGCCACUACUGAUGACUCAUUUUUGGAGGAUGCUGCCAAAGUAUGCAAGGAAUUUAUCAAGCGAGACUCAGAAGAUGUUAAUUUUACUAUCAUGGCUCUCACUCAGAGCUACUAAAGGCUGACGUUAUCUAAACUCGCUUAUUAUUUUGGAGCACAUUUCAUAAAAACAAAAACAAAAUUAUGCUUUCUAGUCCGAUUUUAACUUGUUACAAACAAAUUAUGUGAUUCCAAAGUUGUUGGAAAAGAUAUAGGGAAAUUGAAAACUAGAAAAAAAAACCACUCCACUUCUUACACUCUUGUGUAUUUGUGAUUUAGCUGAGUAACGAUACUGUAUCUUGUUCAAUUACAACAUUAGGAAUUUUUUUCAAUUUCC